GCACCUGCUGAAAAGGGUGGCGAUGACGUCAUCAACGCGAGACAAAUCGACUACUAAACGUUUCGAUGAAGGACCCAAACCACGUGAACUGCGUGAGCUGCCUUGAGAAGAGACAUCUCAGAUUAUAGACACGAAAGACAUUGUUAUUAAAACAGAAAUGUCAUGUUUUAGUGGAGAUCUCAACUUCUGCCCUGAAUGUGGGAAUAUUCUUCCAGUGCCUGGAAGGGAAAACACUAUUACCUGCCCGCGGUGCUCUUUCAGAAUCCCUGUUCGAGAAUUCACAGGUCAAGUGAUUAAAUCAUCAGUGGUGUUUAAUCCUCUGGAUCAGAGCUCCAGCACUGUUGACAGCGGAGAGGAUGCUGAGCUGAAGGGGCCAGUGAUUGACAGGAGAUGUUCCCGCUGUAAUAAAGAAGGAAUGGUUUAUCACACAAGACAGAUGAGAUCUGCGGAUGAAGGACAGACGGUCUUCUUCACAUGCAUACACUGCAGGUUUCAAGAAAAGGAGGAUUCAUGAGAAACAUUGCUGCUGUUAUUGACAUUUAAAUGUAUAGGUUAUCAGAAUUUAAAUAAUGUGAAAUAUUAAAAAGGAUUAUGGACAUGUCUUCAAUGUUAUUAAAAAGAAAAGAAAAAAAUAA